GAAACAAAGCGUAAUGUAGGACCCGCUAACGUUGGGAGGUCUGGUAUAGUGACCGGCUCUCUACAGUUGACCUAUUUUCACAGGUUGUCACAUCAACACCUGACAUAUUUGACAAAAAGUCAGCGCAGAAACGUCUAUUUCGAGGCUGCAGGUUUCAGUGAAGCCUAUCACCCCUGCUUAUCAGUACCACCGAGCUUUGGUGUGUUUGUUUCCUGUCAAAGACCAGCAACUAUGAAGUGGUUUUUAGUCUCUGCUCUGAACAGUUUAUUAAUCUGGUGACCAGCAAAGGGUUUUUGAAGGGAGGAACUCAUGUGCAGAACAGGUACCGCAUCAAACAACACGCACAAAAAUAUGCAACAAAUAUUUGCCUUUUUUUCCCCCUUUUAUUUCUCAACCAUACUUUUUUCAAAAAGUAAGGGGUUUUUAUGUUUGUUUAGUUUUACUCAUAUUUUUAGAGCAAUUAUGUGCCACAUGAUGGGAAUUUAAACAAAAAAUGUAUGCAAAUUGUGAAAAAAGUGACAUAUCAAAUAGAAAAUACAAUCUUCUUUCAUUUUUCACAAAAAAUGACACCAUUAGGCACUGUAACGAGUGUACCAAUAAGAUACUAGAAGAGGAGGGACUGUAAAGAGAAGAGGAAACCACCUUGUCCCACAGUCUAACCUGUGCCCCAACUUGUCACUUCACAGUCAUGCUGCAUGGCAGCUCAGCGCACUGCAGGGAGAAGAUUCUCUGAGCACCUGCAGUGUCUCCUAUGAGCAGCUGUAAAAACCUACCAAAGCACUGUGCUGCUGUGCUGUUGCAAAACCCACGGAGACUUUCAAAUCAGGCUUCUCUCUUCAGCGGCUUCUACAGUACAGGCGAGCAGUGAAGAGGCUGACUACUUUUGCUAAUAUCUGAAGCAGCUUCAGAAAUGAUCCGCAUCAACAACACCCAGUACUUCUACUUCCUGGAGCAGGCGGACGCCUUACGUCGCUCUGGGCUGCUGUGUGACGUCAUCGUCAAAGUUCAGAGUCAAACUUUCAGAGCUCACCGGCUGGUCCUGGCCUGCGCCAGCAAAGUGUUAGCACAGCAGCUCGACCAGAAAGGCAUGGACACCCUGACCUAUUGGACUUUGGAGUCCCUCUCGGCCCACACCUUCCAGCAAGUGCUGGACUUCGUCUACACUCAAGCUGUGGAGGUGCCUGUGAAGGAUCUGCUGCCACUCCUGAGAGCCGCUCAGCUGUUGGAGAUGCAGCUACUCGAAGACCAGUGCCGCAAGCAGCUGGAAGCAGCUGAGGCCAGAAAGGACACUGAACAGGUCAAAGAAGAGAAGGAAAGUGCAAAAGAAAGUCCCAUCCCUGACGACGAAGUGCAAGACACAUUUUCCUCCUCCGAGGGGGCGGGUGUUGGUACCAGCAGGGAGAACCAUUCACCACCAGGCCUAGCUAACAGACACGAUGACCUUAGAUCUCCAAGAAAGAGGGAGAGAUUACCCUCUUUACCUGAAGCCUUUGGCAGCGACAGGGACAGUGUUAUAACGAGGAGCAGCAGCUCCUCCUUCACUUCUCCCUGUUCUUUCCCUGCAAGCAUGUGGAACUCAGAGGCCCACCUGAACACCCUGAGACGGAUAGCAGAAAACUACUCCAGUUUAAUCGCAGCGCAUCCCCUGCAGUGCUUAAACCAGUCGUCUGUGCUGUACCCUUUCUCCCUGUCCCCUCAACACAUGCUACCCGAACUCAGUUCACAUUUUCAAAACCCGCUCCAGAACUCUGCCAUGGGCCUCUCAGCUUUCCGUCCGAGCUGUGCACCAAACAUUUACACUGGAAACAGGCGGAUGGGCAGCAUGAUCAAGCACAGCCUGUUGAAGAGGAAGAAAUACAGCCAGAAUGUACUGAAUGGGCCGGCCAAACCUGGGGAGCAAAGUUACGCCAAAAUGCACAAACCCAACCCAGAAGCUGACGACGACUGCCACCACUGCCAAGCGAGACUCCUUGAUGAUCCCCACUUGGGUAAGAGCUUAGCAGGAUGUCAGUUCUGCGGAAGAAGACACGCACAGCAGCACGAAGCAGAGACGAGAGGAGACAGCCGAGGAGAAAAACCCUACCAGUGCAAACACUGUCCAAAAAAGUUCAGCUUGAAACACCAGCUGGACACACACCACCGUGUUCACACGGGAGAGAAACCAUUUGAGUGCCGCCUCUGUGGUCAACGCUCUCGAGACUAUUCGGCCAUGAUCAAGCACCUGCGGACCCAUGGAGGGGCCUCGCCGUACCAGUGCACCGUCUGCCUGGAGUUCUGCAGCAGCCUGGUUGCCAUGCAGAGGCACGUCAAGAGCCACGCGUUGCAGGACUUUCCCUCUGACUGGAGCAUCAACAACACCUACCUGUACAUCUCCCACAUCUGAGCCACGCCUCAGUGAUCGUCCAGCUCUUUACAGUACGGGUGUAGUUUCAGUGAGUGCUUCCAAUGGGGGAUGCAGUAUGGAUUUGCACAAAUAAAACCUUAAAUCAAGGUUAAAUAAAGCAAAAAAACUGCAACAAUGUAAGGCAGUUUUGCCCUUCAGGCCCCAAAGGCUAUUCAGGAUGGCAGUGAUAAGAUCUACACAAACUGAAACUGUCGUGUGUCUGCAUUUACAAAAAUACCAGAAAAAGCAGCACAAAUUUCCUGUGACAUUAAAAGCUUUGAAAGUCUUUAGAAUGCAUCAAAGCCACAUCAAUCUCCUAUCCUCGCUGCAUGACGCAGGAAUCCUCCCCCCAACUUUCAAUAUUAUUGGGUUAGGUCUUCUUGGCUUUGACUAGUGUUUAGAGCACCCCCAUGUGGACAAGUUCCAUAGAAGGAUUUAUUUGGGAAGUGGGCAUUAAAAACCCAACCGAAAAUAUUACACUUCAGCUGGAGAAAACCUACUUUUAUUUGCAAAAAAAAUAAGAACAAAAAUAUAGAUUUUUUUUUAACAAGAAAAAAAUUAACUUGAAAACUGAGAGAAUGCUGAUGUUAAUAACAUUUUCUUGGUUUAUUGUGUCACAAGUCAUGUGAGAUAUUAUUUUGUAUAUAAACUUUCUAUGAAAAAAAGUUUAAUUAAUCCUAAAUAAGUUAAGUUACAUUUGUUCAUGCACAAGUGAGAAAUACUGCCUCCUUGAGGUACCUAUUAGUAUCAGAUUUAAUCCAGACUCCAUUUAAAUGUAUGACUGGAUUUAUACAGCAUUAUUUUACUAUCUAAGUGUGGAAAUAUUUAUAAUCUUGAA